UAGAUCUGUCGGUAGGAUUGUUGGACUCGAAGACGAAGCUACGAAUCUAAUUAGAAUUGGCACAUUGUUGACAUGAAACUUGUGCAUGCCCACAGUUCGUUGCCAAGAUUAGAAAUGGGGGUAACUCCUUUGAAUGAACAGUGUCGUCGGUAAGCUGGCAAGUUGUUCUAAUGUUGUCGACAUGGUGGUAGACCCAGUUGCACAGAGCGAGUUAAUCGUACGCGGAGCAAGGGAUUCGAGGAACGGCAUCGCACACACACUGAGAAGUUUGAUCGACUUGUGUAUCUUAAUUUGUGCAACUCGAUCUGUAGCUAUGACGUUUCGCGCUUCCUCUUCAAUUAUCCUGUUGAUGUUUGUGGGGCUCGCGCUCCUUACCCAACAAAUUGCGGCACAGGGUGGCUGCAAUGAGGCAUGUACUACCCACGACGACUGUCUCGGGCGGCUUGCUUGCAUUAACGGGGCGUGCAACGACGAUCCCAGUAUCGAUACUAAGGAAUGUUCUGGCACUACUUGCAACCCUACUGGCACCAUCACGGGGCCACCAAUAUCCCCCAGCAUGUGCAACUCGGCGGAAAUGUCCGAGUGCUGUGAGACCGGGAAACAAUACAAGCUGUACGAUUGCUCGCCUCCAAUAACAACUCCCUCAACGAAGGGGACGCUCACCCUGAACGGGUUCGGCGCUGGCGAGUCCGGUGGUGGAGCCUCUUCGUGCACGGGACAGUUCUACACCGCCGAAGACAGCGUGGUGGCUUUGUCGACGGGAUGGUUUAGCGGUGGCGCGCGGUGCUCGAAAUCGAUCCGCAUCGAAGGCAAUGGCAGGAGCACAAUCGCGAAGGUGGUGGACGAAUGCGACACGCGCGCAGGAUGUGACGAAGAGCACGCAUACCAGCCCCCGUGCCCGUAUCUUGAUGAUGUGGAUGCGUCGCUCGCUGUGUGGAGAGCCCUGGGCAUCUCCGAGUCCGAUCCUACCUUCGGAACCCUGAACAUCACCUGGACUCAGCUCGAUUGACAGCAACGCUAUUGGAGUUGUGUCUUCCCGCAUGUCCCCACACACAAUUUGCUAGCUCAAAUGUGAAUCUAUAUGUUAAGAACGCUCAAGGAGACAAGAGUGGUUCUCAUUUGUUGCAUGGAUUGGUCUUUGCUUUUAUCAAAAAAGUUUACUGUCUGUGGAGUUCACAACUCGAUUUACAAUUCAUCAGUCUUUGUUUUCAUCAAAAAACUUAACAUUGUCUAGAGUCACAUGGCCUUUUAUUGUCUAGAGUCACAUGGUGUUUUAUUGUUGAUCAUAGGGUGAUCAAAUCACAGGGUGUUUCACAUCGGAGCAGCAGGAAGGGCAUGCAUCAAAGGAUUCUCUGUGUAUCUACGUGGGUAGACUCUCUUUUGGUUUCAAGGAGGGUGAUGUUCUCGGGGUCUUUGCCCAAUGAGUUUUCAGUGAUUCGGUGACUAUGCAUUUGAUCACUCGAUUACUUUACAUUUGAUCACAGCAGGUUGGGUUUUUUGAUUUGUUUGCGACGGCGGUUCGUGGUGUAGUAGGAACAUCUCCUUUGCAUUUUUGUGUUGCUUUUUGUCCCACAAUGCUAGUCCCAGUACAUGUGCCAGGCUUUUCACACAUGUCUAUCUGUUCCGCUCUUAAUAGGUGCCCCUCAUGGCCAUGAACAUCCAAUGAACCAUUGAAAUGGUCAGUCGAAGGUUGUUGCAUCUAAUGGUGUCUCGGAUCUAAUUGUGAUUUACAAAGGACGACAAACUUUAAAGCGAGGAAUAUGAGAAAAUUGUUACAAUUGAGUUGAAUGUAGUUUGGCUUUACAAUGAUUUUAACUAUCAAACCACUUAAUUCACUAGCAAACUAGUUAACAUUAUAGCUCAUGCAUCGCAUAGGGUUCACAAUCUGGGCGGAUUGCAAAGGAUUACUAUACCAAGUAUGUCUGUGUAAAAUAAGUAUAUAUUUUUUUGUCACUUUUUCCAGGCUUUUCUAGGCUACAAAUUUACAUAACCAAAUUGAGUACUCAACGUCA